AGUCCAGCGCCAAAGAAGAGUCAGCCAUUCUGCUAUGGACAGCAAAUAGUUGCCACAGCAGAGUACCCACAGUUCAAACGAAGCCACCACCGAAGUCCGAAGCCGGAAGCCUUUCCAGCGGAGUCAUGUUGAGCCUGAAUCCGCCGACCUACGCUUACAUGCGGGAUGGCCGCAAUCUCAGUCUGGCCGAGAGCGUGCCCGCCGAGAUCAUGCACAUGGUGGAUCCCUACUGGUACCAAUGGCCCCCCCUCGAGCCCAUGUGGUUCGGAAUCAUCGGCUUUGUGAUUGCCAUCCUCGGUACCAUGUCCCUGGCGGGCAACUUCAUCGUGAUGUACAUCUUCACCUCGUCGAAGGGUCUGCGCACGCCCUCCAACAUGUUCGUGGUGAAUCUCGCCUUCUCCGACUUCAUGAUGAUGUUCACGAUGUUCCCCCCGGUGGUGCUCAACGGUUUCUACGGCACCUGGAUCAUGGGUCCCUUCCUUUGCGAGCUGUACGGCCUGUUCGGAUCCCUCUUCGGCUGUGUCUCCAUCUGGUCGAUGACGCUGAUCGCCUACGACCGCUACUGUGUGAUUGUCAAGGGCAUGGCCAGGAAACCUCUAACGACCACAUCAGCGGUGAUCCGUCUCAUGGUCGUGUGGACCAUCUGCGGAGCGUGGGCCCUGAUGCCGAUGUUUGGGUGGAACAGGUAUGUGCCCGAGGGCAAUAUGACUGCCUGCGGCACUGACUACUUUGCCAAGGACUGGUGGAAUCGCUCCUACAUCAUUGUCUACUCGCUGUGGGUGUACCUCACCCCACUGCUGACGAUUAUAUUCUCCUACUGGCACAUCAUGAAGGCGGUGGCGGCCCAUGAAAAGGCCAUGAGGGAGCAGGCCAAGAAGAUGAACGUGGCUUCGCUCCGCAACAGCGAGGCCGACAAGAGCAAGGCCAUCGAAAUCAAGUUGGCCAAGGUGGCUCUGACCACCAUUUCGCUGUGGUUCUUCGCCUGGACCCCCUACACCAUCAUCAACUAUGCGGGCAUCUUCGAGUCCAUGCACCUGAGUCCGCUCAGCACCAUUUGCGGAUCCGUAUUUGCCAAAGCCAAUGCCGUAUGCAAUCCCAUUGUCUACGGCUUGAGCCACCCCAAGUACAAGCAGGUGCUCAAGGAGAAGAUACCGUGCUUGGCCUGUGGCAAGGACGAGCUGCCCUCUGACUCCAGGACUCAGGCCACGACGGAGAUCAGCGAAUCCCAGGCAUAAACCCAUUAAAGAGGAGACGACGACUGCAGCAGACAGGAACUGACAGCUUUAGAGUACUACAAACACGGCUCAGACUUAGACUAUCUUGCAUAUAGCCCAAGGAACAAACAAAAACACACAAAAAAAGUUGGCAAUGAAAAAA